AUGGACGCAACAGUUGUGCCUGGUAUUUUGGUCCCUUGCCCACAACCUAUGUUUAGCAAAUUCCACUUCGCACUGCAGAUGGAGCAAGAGCAUACACAAGAGCUCUAUACGGCGCGCUUUGUAUAUUCUAAUAACGAAGACCCUUUGGUCGUUGCCGAGAUGAUCCGAAAGAUACACAACCUCGACGUGGAGCAGCGGCUUGCUAUUAUAAAGUGGAUAGUCGACGUUACUGGUGGCCAGCUCUCCACAGCCUACAGGAUUGAAACACCCCCACUGCGACAAUAUAUCACGGGUGACCCGAUGCAGCAGGAUGCCACGAUCGACCCGAUACAGCCUGUGUUGGUAACGCCUGUGAUGUGUAAUACUACACUUGCGUCGCCAGUACAGUUGACACUCCCGCUUUUCGGAACCUCAGAUGAAGCGUGGAGCGUGGAAGACCUUGAUGGCACAUGCAAGGAAGAUAUCAGCGCUUCUGUCCGAAGGAUGAUCGACGAAAACAUUGCGGCUGCGCUAGAUAUGCCGACCUUGUGUACCUCAUGCGGUCACGCGACUGAUAGAAGGUUUGCCGAAUCUCUGCAAGCUAUGAUCGACAGGAGGGUGGGUGUAGCUUUGGAUUUGCGUGCUCCCGAUCAGAUGUCUCUGCUUGAUACGAUCCACGAGCUCGUGGAUGUAGCAGUCCGGACAGCAGUCGAUAACGAAAUCGCGAACCUUGGAAAUUUCCCUGGGCACAAGAAUGGCCGACAUACUGCAUGCUCAACCUUUCAUUGUACCACGAGCAGAAACGACGAGGUGAAACACUCACAUCCGCAUGUGACCCCAGACUCGGCUGCUCGUUCUCCGCUGCUAUUGGAUCAUCUUGGAACUUUGGUCCAAAUUGAACACGGCCAUCUCGUGAACCCGCUGAUGGGGGAUCCGUGUCGGGCGUCAUCCAUCGAAGUCAUCCCACACCUGACCAUCGCGGGUGAGUCGAUGCUCUCCCCAUGUCAUCCACUCCAGGAUGAUGUGAAUGAGACAGAGUCUUUCACAGAGACCGACACAACCUCGGCGUUCGCCCUCAGCCCUGAAGACUUGAUAUCUCGGGCUUAUCUUCCAUCUCCUCCAAGAAUGCCCUCUUUGCCACACUUCAACCAUCCGUACUUCCCCCAUGGAGAGACCACACUUGAGGAGAGCGUGUUCCCAGUGGGUCCUAGGCCCUCACCCGCCUCCGCAUCCGCCGACCGUUCGCGUUGCCUUGGCAUUUCGGGAUCCUCAGCUACGUUGUUGAAUGGCGUUACCAGUGCGCUCAACAGCGUCGGCAAUUUGAGACGGCCGUCGUCAGAGGGUGAGCCACUACCACGUCCCUCCUACACACCUCCACUUUUGGAGACGUGCUACGAGAAUGCUUUCGAAAGCUUCCCGUCUCCCAGUGUUCCAGAUAUCACAGUGCACUCUGCGGACGGUGCAUUCCCAUCAACAAAUUCUCCUCCGUCACCACCUCUUCGGGCGCAGGAGCCUGCGCUGACAGAGCGUCUAUGUACUCCGACACAGAACAACCCACAUCUGGAUUCCGGUAUUCACUUGUUGGCUAUGGCAGUCGACCACUUGGAACAUGUGAAGACCUUCCGUUCUCGGGCGUCAACUGCACCUCGAGGAACCUCCCUGCGAAGAGCACAGUGCUACACGACCUUCAUCUAUUUCAGUGGCCGGACCGACUAUAAGGUUGUGAUUCAUGGCUCGAGCUCUUUGUGGCACAGUGCAGGAUCGAGGGGAGCGAAGAAGCCUAAUAAAAGGCUCCACUGCCUUGAUGAGAUCCCGAGUGGAAGCGCAGCCAUGGCAGCUAAAUCGCAGUCCAGCGUGCGAAAAGAAUACUUCCGAAAGCGAAGUCGAACCCUAGAGAAGAAAGCCCAUGAGAUGGCCAAGCUCUGCAAGGCACAUGUCUCUCUUGUCGUGCGCUUUCACGGCCGCUUUUACAUCUACAAUUCUCAUGAGUAUCAGGGCUGGCCUCCUUCACAAGAUCAGAUAGACGAAAGCUUCCCUCCACCCAAGAGGACUACAGCCGCGAACAUGGACGCCGCAGUGGUACAUGAGAGUAGUGCGAAUGAGCCAAAGAGUGCAACUGACACAUGCUUGGCUUGCUUCCACAUCCGCGCGAUCAUCAGAGCUGUGCCGCAAUGUCGCUGCAAUCCUCGCGGUUCGAGCUACUCAGGAAUGCGAGCCCUCGACAAUCCUUAUUGUGCAAGACUGUUCAUGAGAGAUUGGGCUGCUUUGGUAGGAUAUUCGAGCAUCAAGCGCUCGAAUCUCAUUAUGGGCUUUUCCACCUUCGCGAAUGAGGCAUGUAGAUUGAGCGGGAGGUCGAACAGACUGGAGCAGAUCGCCAUCAAGGGCGGUCAUCCAGAAACUAUCGACAGUAUAGAGUACUACGUCUUGAAUCGAUCAGGCCAAUCCCCGCCCCUCCUCGUCCACUUGCUGUACGCUCAGUAG